AUGUUUGUCCCGAGGACGACGGAAAAGCGCAAGGGGAAUUUUGAGAACGGCAUCGGGAAGGGGGUCAUCGCCUCCUCCACGGGCUUGCUCCUCAAGACUACUGGUCUCAAGGUCACAGCCAUCAAAAUUGACCCUUACAUGAAUAUCGAUGCUGGUACCAUGCGGCCGCAGGAGCAUGGCGAGGUCUACGUCUUGAACGAUGGCGGCGAGGUGGACCUCGACCUUGGAAACUAUGAACGCUACCUGAAUGUGACCUUGAGCCGAGAUAACAACAUCACUACUGGUAAGAUCUAUCGGGAGGUCAUUGAGAAGGAGCGUCGUGGAGAUUACCUGGGGAAGACUGUGCAGAUUGUUCCUCAUGUCACGAACGCAAUCCAAGAUUGGAUAGAGCGCGUCUCGAAGAUUCCCGUCGAUGAGACUGGCGAGGAGCCUGACGUCUGCAUUGUCGAGCUGGGUGGGACCGUUGGUGAUAUCGAGUCCGCGCCAUUCGUCGAGGCCAUGCGACAGUUCCAGUUCCGUGUCGGAUAUGAAAACUUUGCCCUCAUUCACGUCUCACUGGUCCCCGAUAUGCACGGUGAGCAGAAGACGAAGCCAACGCAGACUACUGUACACGCACUGCGCGGUCUUGGUCUACUACCCGACUUGAUCGCUUGUCGACUAAUCGUACAAAAACCUCUCGAGCCCGCAACGAAGAGCAAGAUUUCCAUGUUCUGUCACGUCGCACCAGAACAGGUCGUCGGCGUUCAUGACGUCUCUUCGGUGUACCACGUUCCCCUCCUUCUCCAGUCCCAAGGUAUCGUCGAAUACCUCCAAAAGCGAUUAAAUCUCGUAUCUAUCAAAAUCACUCCUGAGAUGCAAGAGCGGGGCGACUCAUUAGCCAAGCGCUGGCGUGAGCUCACGACACGACAAGAACGUCUUUACGAGAGCGUGACGAUUGCUCUCGUGGGCAAAUACACUGAUAUGCAGGACUCGUACAUGUCCGUUAUCAAGUCACUGGAACACUCUGCCUUCCGGUGUAACAGGAAACUGGUCCUCAAGUGGGUGGAUGCUUCCGACCUGGAGCCUGAUACCCAGGUCACAAGCCCAGCAAAAUACCAUGAUGCGUGGAAAGCCGUCGUUUCGGCAAAUGGCAUCCUCGUUCCCGGUGGCUUUGGCGUGCGCGGCUCAGAAGGCAUGAUGCUCGCGAUCAGGUGGGCACGUGAGAAGAAGAUCCCGUUCCUCGGUAUCUGCUUCGGCUUCCAGCUCGCCGUCGUUGAGUUUGCGCGCAACGUCUGCGCUCUCGAAGGCGCAACGUCGACCGAGUUCGACGAAAAGACCAAACACCCAAUCAUCAUAUUCAUGCCCGAGAUUUCGCGUACACAGAUGGGCGGCACGAUGCGCCUCGGCCUCCGCCCCACCGUCUUCGAAGCCGACUCGGACGUCGCCGGCGCUCGCCCCUCCGCCGUGCGCAAGCUCUACGGCGGCGCGCCCAAGAUCUGGGAGCGCCACCGGCACCGGUACGAGGUCAACCCGGAGUACAUCGACCGCCUCGUGGAGAAGGGGCUGCGCUUCGUCGGCAAGAGCGAGAGCGGCGAGCGCAUGCAGGUCCUCGAGCUCCCCGACCACCCGUACUUCGUCGGGUUCCAGGCGCACCCCGAGUUCUGCACGCGCCCGCUGAACCCGAGCCCGCCGUUCUUGGGGUUCGUGGCCGCGGCGAGCGGGUCGCAUGUGCUCGAGGAGCAGCUGGAGGUGCAGUCGAGAAGCUUCAAGCCGCCGCAUCCCGAGGGGGCAAUGGUCGCCGAGGAGAUCUUGAGGCAUGAUUCGCCGCGGCCCGCUGGGGAGGAGGCGAUUUUGGCUUCGGAGCAAUGAAGUUCAGAGGGUAUGU